CCUGAAGGACUGUCAUUCCUAUCUGCAAGAAGACUGCCACAUGGAGGAGUGCUCUAUGAACUCAACUCAACAGAAUUGGCAAUGUGGUUCAACACUCCAAUGAAUAGAAGCAAGUUCCUGGAACACUUUGGCAUCGAGGUAGUCAUCAAGGAUAGGUCCUUCAACAUACUAAUUGAAAACAUUCCAGUAGCAUUUGUACCAGAGAACCACACAGCACUAUCUGAUGUGGAGAAGAAGUCAGGUCUGAAGCCCAAGUCAAUCCUAAAAGCCAGGUAUAUCAAGCCAAUUGCCAGGUGCAGACCAGACUAA